UUUCGGACCCAGCCCCGGGGUCUCCGGUCUGUAGGGACCGGCAGUCUUAGUUUCUUUCCCUGUUGCAACUUAAGGAAGGAAGGAAAGAAGGAAAGAAGGGAGGAAGGAAGGAAGGGCUUAUUUCCCCCCAUAGUUCUUGGUGCAGUCCGUCGUGAGGAAGUCAGGGCAGUUAAGUGCUUGAAGCAGCUGGCCACGUCGUUUCCACAGUUCUGAAGUACAAAAUCUUGAGAGCUAUCAGUGCCUGCUAGUGUCCCUCUCCCUUCUUUAUGGAGUCCAGGAGUUCCUGCCCACAACUACCUGGGUCUCCUCACAUCGGUUAACCUGAUCAAGAGAAUCCCUUCCUGGUAUGCUCCGAGGCCCGUCUCCCAGGUGACCCUAGCUUCUGUCAGGUUGACCACACUAACCAUUCCACCAGUCUCUGGCUCCUUGUGGACUGCAGGCAAGUGCAGGCAGUAGGUGAACGGAAACUGUGGUCUGGUGUGUGGUGGUGGGAGAGGAAGUGAAGAGAACUGGGUGGAUCAAGGGAUAUAACUAGAGGUGAACUUGACAAGGCAGGAGAUGAGGGAUGCCUAGGGAGGCAGCAAUGGUUUCACUGGUGCUGACUGCCUUCUGCCAAAGAAAACAGUUGUUCGGUUGGCCAUUUCUAAGUGACUUGAAAGUCAGAUGAAGACCCGAGGAAUAUUAAGAUAGCUCCUUGCAGCACCUUGAGGUUGAGCUGUUGGCUGGAGUUACCGGGAUGGUCGUGGUGGGCUGGGAAUGAAGGUGGCAAAGAGAGGCUGGGUUGCAGCCCUCAGGCAUCUGUGCUUACUGACUGAGUCAGAAAGAAGGAAGACUCCAGAGACUGUGGCAAGUUGCACCCGCUAGGUCUCUGAGGAGGAAGCUGUCAGUUUCGUGAGCAGAGCCACAGAAACCUGGGCUCUGGCGAGGUGACAGGGAAAGAGUAACUGCCUGGGUGAACAGCCUGACAGACUGAGCAGUAGCGCUGGGGACCUGUGACCUCUGCAUCCAGCUAACCAUGGAACAGUUUGGCUCUGGCCACCAGCCCCUUAGGUGAGGACUCCAUCAAGGGCCCACUGCCCAUUCCCCAUCAUGGAGGCCGAGAGGACCCUUCCAGCCAGGGGAGCUGCCCUUUGAAAACCGUGGUCGAGUCCUGCUGGCUCUCCCUGCCAGCCACCUUCAAGAGAGGCUCCUGUUCCUGCUGGCCCACGGAUGGGGAGGUGGGCCCUGGACGUCGCCUUUGUGUGGAAGGCAGCUCUGACCCUGGGCCUGGUCCUUCUCUACUACUGCUUCUCCAUAGGCAUCACGUUCUACAACAAAUGGCUGACAAAGAGCUUCCACUUUCCGCUCUUCAUGACCAUGCUGCACCUGGCCGUGAUCUUCCUCUUCUCCGCCCUGUCCAGGGCGUUGGUUCAGUGCUCCAGCCACAAGGCCCGGGUGGUUCUGAGCUGGACGGACUACCUCAGAAGAGUGGCCCCCACAGCACUGGCAACAGCACUUGACGUGGGCCUGUCCAACUGGAGCUUCCUCUACAUCACUGUGUCGCUGUACACGAUGACCAAAUCCUCUGCCGUGCUCUUUAUCCUGAUCUUCUCUCUCAUCUUCAAACUGGAGGAGCUGCGUGCAGCCCUGGUCCUGGUGGUCCUGCUCAUUGCUGGGGGCCUCUUCAUGUUUACCUAUAAGUCCACGCAGUUCAAUGUGGAGGGCUUUGCCUUGGUGCUGGGGGCUUCGUUCAUCGGUGGCAUCCGCUGGACCCUUACACAAAUACUCCUGCAGAAAGCCGAUCUUGGCCUCCAGAAUCCCAUUGACACCAUGUUCCACCUGCAGCCACUCAUGUUUCUCGGCCUCUUCCCUCUCUUUGCCAUAUUCGAAGGUCUCCACUUGUCCACCUCUGAGAAGAUCUUCCGCUUCCAGGACACAGGGCUGCUCCUGUGGGUGCUUGGGAGCCUCCUCCUUGGUGGGAUUCUGGCCUUCGGUUUGGGCUUCUCCGAGUUCCUCUUGGUCUCCAGAACAUCAAGUCUCACACUCUCCAUCGCUGGCAUCUUUAAGGAAGUCUGCACCCUGCUGUUGGCAGCUCACCUGCUGGGCGACCAGAUCAGCCUCCUGAACUGGCUGGGCUUUGCCCUCUGCCUCUCUGGCAUCUCCCUGCAUGUGGCCCUCAAGGCUCUACAUUCCAGAGGUGAUGGUGGCCCCAAGCCCCUGAAGGGCCUGGGCUCCAGCGCUGACCUGGAACUGCUGCUCCGGAGUAGCCAGCAGGAGGAAGAGGACGGGGAAGAGGAAUAUUUUGUGACCCAGGGGCAACAGUGACCAGCCCGGGAGCAGCAAAGCAGGCCACUCUGUGGUCAUCCCUGCUGGCAGAUCUUGGCCAGGUCCAGCAGCCCAGCUGGUUCCUCAGAGCGGCUGCAAGUGGUGGCCUCGGAGCUUCCUGCAAGGACUCUGAGCCUCCGGCUCUUCCCUGUGGAGCUUGGUCCCAAAAAGUGAAUGCCAGGCUCACAUAGGACCUGAGCUGUCAGUGAAGGGAGCCAGUGGCCUGUCUCCACCAUUGUUCUGGUUCUGAGAGCCAGGGUGAACGUGAGAGAUGAGGUAAUCUCUCAGAUUCGGACUGUGGGGUAUCAGGAAAGGAGUCAUGGAGAGACUAGGCCUCAUCACCUGGACAGCAGCUUCCUCAGAGAGUAGAUUUAUUUAUAGUUGAAAUAAUGAUUUCCUUCUCCACAGCCCAGUGUUGCCUAAGGCAUGAGAGCAGGGAGAGCCCUGGGGCCUGGCCUCUCCUCCGUGCCCUGCCUGGGGCCUUGUCCUCUGCUCCGCCUUCUGUAGCUCAUGCUCCUGUGUGUGCCCCAGGCCCCAUCCUUGGGGCCACACCAUGGACCCACUGCAGCAAAUAAAUGAGUGUUUGCUCAGUA